UUUAUUUGUGAUAGCCUAUAAUUGAAAAGAAUCCAAGUUGUCAACAGGGUGAAUGGGUAAACAAAUUAUGCUACAUUCAUAUAAAGGAAUUCUACUCAGCAAUAAAAAUGAAUGAGUUCCUGAUUCAUACAUCAGCAUGACUGAAUCCCAGAAACAUUGCAUUAAGCCAAAGAGGCUAUACAUAAAAGACUGCAUAGUGUAGAUCACCAUCUUUAUUAUUUAUUAUAUAUAUCUUUAUUAGGAAAUGUAAACCUAGUCUUUCAUGACAAAUGGCAUAUUAGCUGUUACUUGGGGGCACAGGGUGGGAGGUUAAUUGAGAAAAGGUGAAGUGGUUUAUUACUUUAUUAUUACUGGAUGUGUGUGUGGAUAGAAAUAUCCUAUACCUUGAUUGCGAAGGUGGUUCUGCAGGUGAACAAAUUUGUCAAAAUCCACUGCAAUGUACACUUAAAAUUGGGACAUUGAUUGCAUGUAAAUAAUAUCUUAAAAAACCAGAAAUGUAUUCCUGCAGGGAGAGACUAUUAGUAUAGAAUAGAAAUGCACUAGAAUAUAGAGCCUACGAAUAGAUCCCUAUGCAUAUGGGAGUGAAAGAAGGGAGGGCAGAACUAAUCAGCGAGGAAGCAAUACACACUGCAGGAGGAUCAGCUCUCUAAAUGGAAAAAAGGUCGGAUGAACUCCUCGUCUCAAAUCAUGCACAAAAGUCAAGUUCAAGCGGGUUAAAGGCCCCGGGGUGGAAGGGACCUUGGGGAUCGGCCAGUGGAAAAGGAAGACUUGGUCGCCAUCGGCCCGAAGCGCAUAGCGCUUCUUCCAAGACCAUAGAGCUAAACUAGAACGAUUAUAAACAAACAAACAAGUCCCUUUCCGCCCCUCCAAACUAGCACCCUUAGACUAGAACAAACUCUAUCUGGGAAAACCAGCGAGCGACUUCGCGCGGAGGAGCCGGCGAGACCCCACCGUUUCCGUCCGGCGCCCGCCGCGCCUGCGCACUCCGCGCUGAUUGCCGGCAGGAGGAACGUACGAACCUCGGGACAGUGGUGGGCGCGGAGGAUCCUUUGGGUUGUCGCUCCCGGAAGUUCGUCCCGGAACCUGGACUCCUCCCCCUUGGCUCUGCCGGGCCCUGGGCGCCUCCUGUGGGACCUGCUGGCCCUUGAGUGGGGCUGCCAGAGAUGCGUCCAACCUGGGCCCAGGCCGAGUGGAGGGGGCGACCUGUGGGGUGAUCAGCCUGCUGACCGCCAGCAGCACUUGCGUCGCAGCUGCCCGACCCCCCAGCCCCCCGGACCCACUUGGUCUCAUGGAGCCUCGAGGCGAGAAGUCGGGAGAGGCCGACGGGGUGCACGUGACGCCCCAGCUGCUCAAGGCGCGCUCGGGCGAGUUCUCCCUGGAGUCCAUCCUGCUGCUCAAGCUGCGGGGCCUGGGGCUGGUGGACCUGGGCUGCCUGGGGGACUGCCUGGGCCUCGAGUGGCUGGACCUGUCGGGCAACGCACUCACCCAGCUGGGCCCGCUGGCCUCCCUGCGGCAGCUGGCUGUGCUCAAUGUGGCCGACAACCGGCUGACGGGCCUGGAGCCCCUGGCCGCCUGCGAGAACCUGCAGCGUCUCAACGCCGCGGGCAACCUGCUGGCCGGGCCCGCGCAGCUGCAGUGCCUGGCGGGGCUGCGGGGUCUGGAGCGCCUGCGGCUCCGAGACCCCUUGGCUCGGCUCAGCAACCCGCUGUGUGCCAGCCCCUGCUACUGGGCCUCAGUGCGCGAGCUGCUGCCCGGCCUGAAGGUCCUCGACGGCGAGCGUGUGAGCGGGCGCGGCAGUGACUUCUACCAGCUGUGCCGGGACCUCGACAGCUCCUUGCGCCCCGGCCCUGGCACCCCUGGCCCCCGGCUGGUGGAGGCCCAGCCCUGGGUGGAGCCCAGCUACUGGGAGGCCUGGCCCCCACGCAGUAGCUCCAUCCUGGAGGAGGCCUGCCGCCAGUUCCAGGACACGGUGCAGGAGUGCCGCGACCUGGACCGCCAGGCCCGGGACAGCCUGGCCCAGGCGGAGCGGGUGCUCGGCCCCGCGGGUGCUGCCGCCGCCUCCUUCGUCUUCUGAAGGCGCCCCGGGGCGCUUGGUGGCCUUCCUGCUUGUCUGGACGGUUUUGUCCAGCUGCUCGCUGCCCUUCAAGGAAAACUCUCCAGCUGUCUAUCAGAGACAUACCUCCCUCGGGUCAUCCCCAAGCAGCCAGCUCAGCAUGAGGCUGUCCUGCCACCUACGCAGUGCGCCUGGGAGGAGGUCCCUGGCCCCUUCCGUGGCCACAGCUGCUGCUCCUCCCGGCUGCAUGAGCCUGAGGCUCGGGGGAAGAAAGUGGCUUGGUCCUAAGGCUGCAGGUGGGCAAGGCGGGGAAGGCCACUGAGGGCAAUGCUGAGCUCGGCCAGCCGGCCGUGGAAGCUGCAUUUAUCCACCUUCCAGGUUCUCCUAUCUGGUGACUCUCUGCUGUGUCCCUCGAUCCUGGGUCUCCCUGGAACCUCCACUGUCCCCAUUCCCACCCAUGCUCAUCCCUAUUAAAUUAUGUUUUAAUUUGUA